UAUGUAAUUACGCGCGUAACGCUGUUUCCAAUCGAGGCCUGCGGAUUGUUAAGCGUUAUCGUUCGCGUGUGGAUGUUCGUACGCACUUUAAAUUCCACGGCGUCCCGGAGUACGCGGCGAGAAACGUGAAUUAUCCUAUCUCGUGGCCGGAGCAUUGCCACCGAGUGUUUCGCGCUUGUACUCGUUCGCCUGCUCUUUCGUUGGCUAAUUCAUUCGCACGCGCUAAUUGCCCGGCUUUCUUCUCGACCUUUCGUCGUUUGUUGCACGACUCCGGCGGACCGAAACGACGAUCGAAAAAUUGAAAAUCUCGCACGCUCCAGGCCUCACAAAUACUUCAAAUAAAAAUGAAAAAAACAACUAACACUAGAUCUACCAUGGGAGUCCACAUGACUUGUUUCUAACAAUAAUGUAUUUUUUGAAAUUUUUUAUGACUCUUAUUCACGUGCACAAAUGAUCACUUUUAUAAGUUCUUUUUCUUCCGAUUUCUCUACGCGUAACGACGAAAACAGACGCAAAAAAAAAAUUAAAAUGAUGUUUGUAGAGAAGGUCAACGACGAGAUGUGUCCGUACCACGAGCCCGAAAUAGCUUCGCGGAAAAUCGUUGGAAAAUUGUGUACCGCGACGAACGACCACGGUUCGCGGAAAAAUCGAAAGUAAUCGCUGGGAGAGCGAGACGGUCGUACCUGGACAGUUUUCGGAUCGCGAGUUUCUUAAGCGAGGAACAACAAAUUGCCCGAUGGUUCUUCGUGGUUUGCUGGCACCGGCGGCGGCGCGAUGGGCACGAAAUAAAACGUCGAAAAGGGGUCAAGAGAGUCAGGUAGCUGGUCAAUUAGGAUUAUCACGUUAUGGACCGCAGGUGAUGAGCGUGUUGUGUUUAUGCACCUCAGUACACCAGACCGCUCAAAACAACAACCAGGCUAGCAAAAUACUACAGAGCUCGUCGCCAGUUUCAUCCGAGGAAGAGAGUAUAAACUCGUCGCAGGAAAUACCCACCGACGAGCUGGCUCUAUUAGCUAAGCUGGAGGAAGCCAAUAGGCUUAUCGAAUCGGAUGCAAAGUCGUUGAACUCGCUCCAAAGCAAUCACAGUAGGAAAGGCUCCGACACAUCUCAGGUGUCGGUGGCGUCGGGGGGCAGCGGAGGGAACGGCGAUGCUGCGCCCCGACGCCACAACGCAGCUGAUGGUGAAGAAAAUACGUGGACCCUCUGGGGCCAUAUCGUCGCUGAUUGGGAUUAUCAUUGGAAGAAGAGGAAAGAGUUCGUCAAAGAAUUAGUACGUCAAGGAAUACCUCAUCAUUUUAGAGGUAUUGUUUGGCAACUACUAUGUGGUGCUCACGACUCUCCUGUUAAAAAGCAAUUUGCCGAGUAUAUAAAAGCCACGUCCGCAUGCGAAAGGAUAAUCAGAAGGGAUAUAGCCAGAACGUAUCCUGAGCAUGAUUUCUUUAAGGAAAAAGACGGUCUUGGUCAGGAGAGUUUGUUUAACGUUAUGAAAGCGUAUAGUCUUCACGAUCGUGAAGUGGGAUACUGUCAAGGUUCGGGAUUUAUUGUAGGAUUGCUCCUUAUGCAGCAAAUGCCAGAAGAGGAAGCUUUCGCUGUACUGGUAGCGCUUAUGCAAGAGUAUCGUUUGCGAGACAUGUUCAAGCCGAGUAUGGCUGAAUUAGGGGUGUGCAUGUAUCAGCUAGAACAUUUAGUUGCUGACACGCAUCCCGAGUUACACGCUCAUUUUACGGCUCAAGGUUUUCACACCUCAAUGUACGCAUCGUCUUGGUUUCUUACGCUUUUCACCACAGCGCUGAGCCUCCCGCUGGCCUGCCGCAUUUUUGACGUGUUUCUGUCCGAAGGCAUGGAAAUUAUUUUCAAAGUUGCGCUGGCCAUGUUACACUUAGGCAAGGAAGAUUUAUUGAGCUUGGACAUGGAGGGCAUGUUGAAGUUUUUCCAGAAACAGCUACCCGGAAAGGCCGAGAAAGACCCCGAUGGCCUCAUGAGCCUUGCUUAUGGUAUGAAAAUUAAUCCAAGGAGAAUGAAGAAAUUAGAGAAAGAUUACACCGUGUUGAAAAUGAAAGAGCAAGAGGAAAUGGUAGAGCUUCGUAGACUUAGGGCGGAAAAUAGGUUACUUAGACAAAGAACUGAACUUCUCGAAGCCGAGUCCGCGGAACUGGCGGAUAGAUUAGUUAGGGGUCAAGUUUCUCGCGCGGAGGAGGAGGAAACCGCUUUCGUUGUACAAAGGGAACUGGCGGCGCUUCGACAUACGCAUCUCGAGACUAGCCAUCAGUUGGAACAGGCUCAUGAGGAAUUAAGAUCCCUGUCGGUCUUGUUGGAGGAGAACGUGACCUCGAAACAAUCGUCUCUGGAUGAGAUUCUGUUGAAGCAAGAAGCGUUGUCGCAGAAGGAAGAGAUGAUACAGUGUUUGCAAGAGGAAUUGGUUAGGGUUCGAUUGCACGAAGCGGAAAACGAUGCAACGAUAAGGGAACUUAGAGCAAGAAUACAAGAAUUAGAGGAAGAUAAGAAAACGUUACGCGAAACCACGCCAGAUAAUUCCGUCGCUCACUUGCAAGAAGAGUUAAUCGCCGUUAAACUCCGAGAGGCGGAAGCCAACCUUUCCUUAAAGGAUCUGCGGCAAAGAGUGGUGGAAUUGAGUUCUGCCUGGCAAAGGCAUUUACAAGAGCAUCGUUCUGCUCAGACAGCGCCUGCUAGUGAUUCCACACCGAAGAAGCUUCUAUUUUGGGAAAACAGGGGCCACGAAGUGCAAAAAUUCGAGGAGGAUUUAAUGACUACUAGGAUUCGAGAGAUGGAAGCUCUGACCGAAGUAAAGGAGCUUAGACUUAAAGUUAUGGAGCUUGAGACUCAAGUGCAGGUCGCCACGAAUCAGCUCCGUCGACAGGACGAAGGUGGGAAACAGGUUAAAGAAGAAUUGGAAGCUGCCUUAGACAGAGAGAAGGAGCUUACUGCCAAAUUGCGGGAGCAACAACACAAGUAUUCUGACCUGGAGUCGAAGAUGAAAGACGAAGCUAUGAUGGCCAGGAUACGUGACGCUGAACACGCGCAGCAAGUUGCAGAACUCACGCAAAAGAUAUCCCUUCUCAAGUUAAAAAAUGAGGAGAUGCACGCGGAGGGUGAACUUAGGAAUAAUUUAGACGACAGUGAGAGAGUAAGAGAAUUACAGGAUAAAGUUGCUGAACUGAAAGCUGAGGUCAUGAGGCUAGAAAGUUGGAAGCAACGUUGGACGGGCCAUGGUGGCCAAAACGUAAGAACAUUCAGUGUUGACACUGAAAGCGAACUAGACGAGCGGGAUCUCAGAAUUUGUUUACAGGAUCAUAUCAACGCAACCACGCCAAACUCACCAGAGAUUAUUGAAACCGAAACCGAACGAGAUAAUCGGGAGUACUUGUAAAAGUUAAUACCCGGAUAGCUCGUUCCUUAUAGCGACUUCCUAGGACGUGAUAAUUACUUCCAACGUAAGUAGUUGCGCAGUUCAAACAUCACUGCUUUGUUCUCGACUUUUAUUUUUGUUUCUUCUUAAUUUUUUGUUUCCAGCUUACUCGAACCCUUAACGAUCCACCUCUUGAUUCUACUGUUGCGUACGUGGCGAUUGUAUUCGAGCAUACAAUGCGUUAAGAAUUACACUACCCGAAAUGUAUUUGCUUUUACGAUAAGAUGAACAGCUGGCCGAUAAGGAAUGUUUUUUUUUUCUUUUUAUCGUCCGGGGGCGAUAAGCGCUAAUUUUCGAACGCGUCGCGUUCGUUUUUUUUUUAUUACCUUUGUUCGAGCGUAAUCGGAGCACCGUUUAUUUCGCAAAGAGAUACCCGGAGGUUCGUCUUUCGAUGACGAACGCGAUACGUGUUCUCGAUAAAUAGUGCAAAUAGGUAAAUUUUAUCUAUGACGAAUUUUGUUAACUAAUUUUUUUUAUACGUACAUUGCUUUCAAGCGAUCUUUAUUUUUUAAUUUAUAAAAGUGAGUAUUUGCGAAGAAGAGUCAUUUAUCGUUGUCGUACGAAAAAAGUAAUAAUUUGCCCUGUAAUGUUUAUAAAAAUAUUCAAGAAAGCAAUAUCUAAUUAUGUACGAAAUUUGUAAAUGUGUAUUUAAUAUCGACUAUAAUCACGAGUCGCGUGUGUUUUAGGUUUAAAUUGUUUUAUGUGUAACGCGUGUUUUUUUUUCUUCUUUUUGCUUACAGAUAACAAUUAUGUUCGAUACUCUUUUUACUAAUUGGUAAGAAUUAAUCAACCGGUACAAUUUAUAACAUCCGUUGAGAUACGUUUCUGUCGUUGAAUCGCGGUUACAGUUGUUUAUUUAUAUUUUUAUUUCUUAUUUCUUAAGACACAUAGCAAGAUUGUUUAUGGCGACUUGUGUCUUGCGUGGAAUAUUCUCACGUGACGUUGGAACGUUAAGGGUUGCACGCGUUUACAGUGUUCUCGCUUUGGCCUAAAUUGUAUCUGUACACUUUUAUUUCGUCACGUACAAUUGGCAUACACGCGCGAAUAUAAACGGCCGCUACCGAGAAGAACGCAUUUUCGCACCAAUCACGCGAAAGUUUUUACGGAGGAGUGAACUUUUCCGCUUUCGUGCACGUACGAUCAAGGGGGAAAAGCAUGUAACCUUUUGCAAAGUAGUAGAACCCUUUUCAUUGGGAUAAAACGAGAAAAAUUGUUUCGUUAGAGGGAAGUCCCCGAAAAAAAAGAUUAAAUCAUCGCUUUCUCGUUCGACUGUUCUGGAAAGACAUUUUCCUACAAACCACACCAAACGUUAGGUAUUCUUAUGGAAACCCUAUGUAUUAAAUUUACAGUAGUUUUCUGUUCGAAAGAAAUCAAAAUCAAAAUAUUAAUAAAACACUUUAUACAGAAUUUCAUAACGGUCCUCGUGGAAGAUUACUAUUCCCGAUCUGUCGACGAGAAAGUCGAAACACACGUAUAGCUUUUACACAUUCUAUGGGGGAAAAAAGUUUUUAUAUGUCGUUGCGCAGUAACCUACCCAAUUUUGUGAACAUAGAAAUUACGCUAAGGCAACGCUUACUGGCACAAGCUAAAUAAUUACAACUAAGAGAGGCUUAGUUUCUAACCAUUUUCAGAUAUUUCGGCAGCGAUUGAACAUGUUUUGUCCGUCUAUGCAUAAGAAGAAUAAUAAAAUAAUUUCGAUACUGUCUGAUAUUAUACCUGCCUGGAUUAUAAGUGCAAUUUGUAACGACUAAAGAAAUUAUCUGCGAAAAAUAUCGAGAAAUCGCUUCUUGUCGUUUCUGCGACUGUAGACGCACGAUUAUCACAAAAUUAGGUAUGUUUUCUCAAGGCGAAUCGAUGGAGAAUUUAACACGGUCUAUCGUACUUGGUUUGCAGUAUGUAUUUCGUUUAACAAUUAACGAAAGAGUGAUCGAUGCGCAAGGCAGAAGAGAAAUAACAAUUUGUUGCGUUUGACUCAAAGAACCAUCGAAGUGCAAUCUUACGUAUAGAAAACGCAUGCUCCCCUGCUAAAAAUUGUAAUAUACGGGUAUACGCCAGUAUUUCUGAUUUAAACAAGAAAUGAUAUUGAUCAACAAAUACAUUUAGAACACCUUGACCUAUUGCAAAUAAGACUUUUCCUUAAUAUGCGCUGAAUUUCAUUGUUCUUUGCGGACAAUGAUCGAAACAAACGCGAAGAAACUGAAACUUAUUAAUAUGGAUCAGUCGAUCUCUUGUAACUUCGAAUGUUUUAAUUACGAGAAAAAAGUUUAGUACGGGGAACCAUAUAGUUUUAAAGUGAUAUUUUAUCUUUCUUUUUUUUUCUUAGAAUUAUCAGACUCAUUUGCAUUUAACGAAACCAUUCCAGAAGUGCAUUCUCGCUAUUAUUGUUUAUCAGAGUGGCAAAUAACUUCCUAAGCUAUUUUUAAUCGUAAGAAUAUUUAAAAGACUUAAUAAGAUAUUUGUAUCUAAUUAAUUAUAAUCAUCUCCAUGUUCAAUCACACUUGGACAAAUUUAUACUAAUUGAUAUACUUCAUUACUAAUUGUUACAGUUUUACUUUGUAAGAAUUAGAUUUUUUUGCAUUUUAUUCCGUUAAAAAUAAUCCUUGGAAUAAUUUUUCUAGAUUUUGCUUUACAGGCUUUUAUAACAAUUGGUUUCUGGUAAUUGAAAAGAAAAAUAAUCGCUUGAUUCCGUUAGCGCUUCGUAUUGAUUAUACCACGGUUCAUGGCAUAACUUUUUAUUUGAAACAAUUUUUAACUCCGGUAAUUUGUGUAGGUAUUAACAUCGACGGUCUGAAAACUAUUGAAGUUCAAAGUUGCCCGGGAAUUUGUUGGCCACCCCUGUCACGAAAUAUGUAGUAGCACUUGAUAUCGAUAUUGUUUGUUUCGUCGCUGGCAAUUGUCGUUUUUCGGUCGAAAGGAGUAGUUUAAUCGUUUAGACGUACAAAACUUUUUUCUUAACACGAAAGUAUGCAAGCCCCACGAGUAUAUUGUAUUGUAUUGCAUUGUUUGCCCCCUUUCUACGCAUUUCUAUUUUAAGAAACUACCGCCAAACUCUUAAGGCAGAUUCGUUUAAAGACUUUUCAAAGCAACGAUGGUAUAUCUGAAUAUUUCAGUAUCUUGUUAUUCGAAUCAUUUCGAAGUAACUAUACAUAUUGUAUGUACGCGUUCGGCGCAUUUAUUAUAUUCCAAGUGUAAGAACUCGUAGACAGAUUAUUUGUUAGCGAUUUCUGAUUGUUGUAUACAAGAUUUUUUCGACGGAUAACGCGCACACUAUGGACAACGAUAUAAAUUUGUCAUGAACAUUGUGGGGAAUAUUAUAACAUCAGGAGUAAAUAAAUUUUUAUUCACUUUUAAGGCAUUUAUCUUCUUCCCGUGUGUGAGAGAGCAAAAUCGAAAUAUUUCGUACGAUUUGAUGUACGUGCAGCGUACGUAUUUCAUUCAUUUUUUUAAUUCGUUUUUUCGAAAUAACAUGCAUCGUAAACAAAUGAGACACCAAGAUGUUCAUACGCAGUGAAAAGAUAGUGCUCUCGAAUGACGAUUUCUUAAGCAAAUAUUAUGUCCCUUCGGUAUCUCCGCAGAAUGUAAAUAUUCUAUUCUUAUCGUAAUCUCCGCAGAAUUAUUGACAUUUCUGAAGAGGACAUUACAAUGUACUUCGUCACUUUCAUUUGAAGAAGAUAGCUUUGAGAAUGUGACUCAUAAUAUUUAUAACGAACCAUAAAUAUGUAAGACGUAGAAAUGGAAUAUAAAUAAUACACGGUA